AUGAAUCUUGGAAAUUAAUAAUUACAUUUAUUUUUACCGAAAGUAUUCAUCUUCCAAGUUUAUUCUGAAAUUGAAAAAAAUUACUUAUGGCUUUCUUUAAAUUUAAUUUUGAAGAUUGAGGCUUUAAUUUUAGUUUUUGAGAUAAAACCAACUAAUCAUAUUAAGAAAAAAAAAAUUAAAUGUAUCAGAUUCAUAAGUGAGGAAAAAUUUUAAUUAAUCAUGACGUUUACCGCUUGCUACUAUCUCCUAAUGAAUAGUAUGCAGCUGUAAUUUGUAGGAGGUGUGAAGGUAACGAAGAAGGGGGUUAUUUUCUAUUUAGAAUUAUGAUCUAAAAUCUACAAAAGAAUAGCUUUAGGAUUAUGGGCAUGGGUGGAGUAUUAAUAUGAAAAAAGUAUUAAACAUUUUUUGGACCGUUAUUCUGAAUAUUUUAUUGAGGUCUUUCAACAAAUUAUAACAUUAGUUGACCUAUACAUAAAAAAACAUUUAUUUAGGAAUGAACCAUUUUUUAGAUAUUGAUGGUGAUGGUUUCAUAUAUGUGCUAGGGCUUGAGGGUGUACAAUGAUAUUCAAUAAACGAUGAAGAAUUCCAAGCAGGCUUUUCGUUUACAAAUAUUGGAGAAUUCCAACAAGGCUUUUCAUUUGAUAAUACUAUAGACUUCAAAAUAGUGUCCAACUUACCGAACUAUGCAGUGACAAUAGAAGUGAUAUAACAAAAAAGGUGGGUAAUUCUGAAUCAUUCAAAAAUAUCAAAAAGAAUAGGAUAAUCCAAACUUAAAGGAUAAGAGAUACACUCCUUAGAGAGCCUAUUUUUCUUUGAAAUUUAUCAAGAAGAUGGAGAUAUGGAUGAAAAUUGGUAUUCUUUAAGUGGUACAUUGGGACAAAUGAGAUCUGGCAAAAUAGUCAGAAAAGUNAUUUAGGAAUACAAAAAUUGA